GUUCCACCGUCUUGCGAAGGCUCACCGGUGUACUUUCGUAUUCGCACUUUUUUGAGCGACUCGCAUGGACACCAGUAUGCAGCCCAACGCCGCCGACCUGGAGCUGGUAGAUGUCUACGUUCGUGGCGGCUAUCCAGUCGACCGCGACGUGAUGUUUUCCUUUGCGAGCGGAAUUGCCGAGCACUACAGGAAAGCAAAGCCAAUUGAUUGUGAGGACUGUGGCGGGAUUUACAAUCGUGUCAACGAAGUGCUCGGCCGCUACGAGGACCUAAGGUGCACAACCAUCGACAACCCCGCCGACCCCAAUGGCUCCACGUGGAUCGUCGCUACGACGCCGGUCAAACGCGUGCAGGUCCGCUGGUGUGACUUAGACAGCCUUAGGAGGGACCCGUGGAGACCGCCGUCGGCCUUUGACAUCCAGGAGAGCGAGUCUGAUAUAGACGUCAAGCAAUAUCUGGCACAAAACGGUGUCCCGACGCAGCCCUUUCACACGACAUUUUGGAAUGUUCGUACGUACUGAGUACGAGUCGCCUCAAACGCUGCGUGGGCGGCGUGCUGCUCGGCUGUCAAACCUGUCUUGAAUCUGACGAAUCUAGUGCCGUAUAACGUAGUUGUAAAUGUGGCACGUCAAUGCCCCCUUUGUGCUGUCUACUGCAGUAGGGUCUCUUUCUGAAAGGGUCUCAUGGU